AGGUCUUGCCAUUUCAAACGAACCAGACGCGUCUGAUCGCGGUCAAAGCAUAACUCGGACAAGCUCACCAAUAAAAUGUUAAAUGGGAAAUUCUUUACGGGCCUGCCGCCCAAAAUGAUAGAAAGAGGUGGGGGCGAGGCGGUACCUAAUCGUUUGCAAUCGCAUUUCUUUUGGCCUGAUGACUCGAAAGUGGAGUCGGCCGUUGAAACCCGACUCAGGCGUCGCAACAGUGUUCAGUUACAGGAGAGCGCCAAACCUUCAUAUGGCAAACAAAUGUCCAUUGGAGACAAUGAUGUGGAUACCAGAAAGAGAUUUACAAAAGAAUUUUCUCAAUCUUCCAUACAGUUUUAUGAUAAUCUCAAUGACAACGAUUCUACGGAUUCCAGAAGAACUUUGCCCAGAUCCAGGGGACCGAGAAGAGCCGAGUUAACCGAAAAGCCAACUGCCACCAAACUACAACUGCCUGAGACCAUAGUGGAUGAAGCCUACACCGCGGCCAAAAGGAAACAGGCCUACAUGUCUAAAAUCGAAUUCUACGACUAUGUAAAUGAGAACGACACUGUCAGCUCAAAUCGGAAUAAUUUGAGAAAACCCAAAAUGGAUAUGAACGACAAACGAGAAAUGGAGCGAAACACGAAAAACAGCCCAAAGCUCCAAAUAAAACGAGAUGUCCGCAGUUUAAGCGAAGAAAAGGAAAUUCCAAAAGUCAACAAUAGAGACGUACAAACUUUGGAACGACCACGGCCUAUAAAGGAAGUAAAUGUUAAUAAAACAUCUUCGAGAGGCGGUAAUAACAGGCAGGAUAUGUAUCAAAGAAUCAAUAUAAGCCCGCACACAUCCUCCGCCAGACCUAGAUAUGAGGAGCCAUAUGAAGAUGAGCGGGAUCACAAGGAACAGGACAUUGCCAGAAGGAGUGCACAUUCCAGAUAUGCCAGUGAUCAAGAAACGUAUCACAAACCCAAUAACUCAGUAUUAAAGAAAGAUCGUGGCCACAAGAGCUUCGAUAGGGAAUUGGAAGAUCAUGAAGACCGUCACUAUUUUAAUCGAAAGUAUGAUGAGUAUGAUGAAGAACCACAAUACCGCUCUGCAAAUAACGACACUAGUUAUAGGAAUAGACGAGCCAAAUUAGAAACCGAUGACUAUGAGGAGGAUAUCGGAUCCAGGAUGAAGACGGUGCGCAUACAAUCAUCACCCCCGAGGAAGCACCAAUACUAUCGUGAUGAUUACGACGAUGACGAAACCCAUGUAAGCCAUCAACGCAACCGAGAAUCGCCCACAAGAGAACGCACACAUCACGGAAAUACUCAACGUCACACUGAAUACAGAAGGACAGAACUUUACGAAGUUGAUUCACCAUGUGAAGAUAAUGACGAAGCAAUGAACAACAAGUACAGCGGAAGCGGUGGCAAUAGCACCAAAUCGCGCAUUAAUAGAGUGUCGAAUAAAUUGAACAACGAAGUUCAAAGGCGACGCAAUGCAUCUCCCUCGCCUGGCCCAGCAACAAAGAGUCGUUCUCCUGCAAAUCCCUCACGAAAUGCACCAGCCGCUACCAGUGCAGCUACAAACGAAGUAAACAAACCUCGUAAACAUCUGCGCAGUAGCCUUUGUUUUCAUGAUGGUGCAAUUAUAGCUGAAAAUGAUGCUACGCUGUCGCCCACAUCUCAAAAACCAACAGCAGCGCCUCGCCGCAAUAUUCGCAGUUCGGCCACCAAACGGGUUAGUGUAGGUUUACCGGAUUGAUCGCUAAGCAGAGCAGCGAAACAAUGGCAACAGCCACAAGCGUGCGAAUUGAGUGUUGAACUUCGAUUGGCCGACAGACAGACAUACAGCCAUUCGGAAGAUAGAUGGUGUCAUAUGCAUAUCAAGUACGGCUUAAUUUGUUCAUAUUGUCACUUCGGUGUUUACUCUGUGGGAAACAAGUGUUGCCAAAUUCAAUUGCUCACACACUCGUACUUACUUACUACAUAUGCAAGUCUUAUAGCCGCCUUGUCUUAAAGCCCCUUCAAGUUAAAUCUCCCCUAAAACGUAUUAAUUUAUAUCCUAUUUAUAGUGCUCUUAAGAAACAUUUAACACCCACUCUCAAAUAAAAUGAUGUUAGCUCAAAACUAAACGAAA